CCGCGCCCGCGCCCGCGCCCCUCCCCCCGGCACGUGACCGGCGGUCGGGUCGCGUCGCGUCGCGUGGCGUGUGUGCGCGUGCGCGGAGGGUCGGCUUCGGGUCGUUGGCUCGGCGGACGGCCGGAGCGGCGGAGUAGAGCAAAGCGACGAUGACUACUAACCACAAUGGCAGCCUGCAGGCUGUGAACGGCACCGCGAACAUCAAUGGUCCCCAUUCUUUGGAUACCUGCACCCCGGAAGAAACGCUGAGGUUGAUGGAAGAACUGAUUAAAGAGAACAAUGAGUUAAAAGAAGCCAUUAAACAAACAAACCACACCAUGAAGGAACGCUAUGAAGAACUUACAAAUUGGUGUGAGAAACAGAAGUUAGAACGGGAGUGUGUCCUGCAAAAGUUUGAGGAGGCUAAACAAAAAUUAACUCUCUUGACUGAAGAGAAUGAAGCUUUGAAGAAAUCUCAAGCACAAAAUAUAGACAGUUCACAGGGAAUAUCCAAAGAUGACUUGCUCAAUAAAAGUAUGAGUUCUAAUCUGGUGGAACAGGAUGUUCAACAUCUGAAAGCACAGAUUCACAGACUGCAGACAGAGAAAGCUGAUUUGGUAGCCAUGAAUUCAGAACUCCUUGUGAAGCUGGGUACUGCUUCGUCAGAAGAUUCAUUUGUUGAAAUUCGAAUGGUGGAAGCUAUGGAUGAUGCUGAGUUAAAAUCAAAGGAAUUGGAGUGCAAGGAUUCGGACAGUCCUCUAAAAAUGUCAAAAUCUCAUGACAAUAGUGAAAAAUGUUUGUCAGAGGAGUUAACAGUCAGACAACUACUUCAUAUGCUAAGGGACAAGACUGUGAAAUUGGAAAACCUCGAACAUGAACUUCAGUCUUGGAAGGAAAGGAUUUCAGAACUCUCCAAAGAUGUUGAAAGAGUUAACAGUGCAACACAGACUGAAGAAAAUGCAGAAGCACAAUCUUUCUCUGAUGCUGACCAGGGAUCUGCAUCGGAAAUUGUGCUUGUUGACGUUAAAGAGGAGAAUUCUGAAAUUGCUGCUCCAGCAAAGGAAUCAAAUGCUGCAAACCAAAAUCCAAAUGAGGUUGAAGUAUUGAAGUCACAAGUGAUGUCAUUAGUAAAAGACUUGCAGGAAGUCCAGAGCAAACUGGAUGAAGCUGAAGACAUGAAGAAGUCUCUUCAAGCAAGAUGUCUGGAACUGGAACAAAAGCUGGCUAGCAAUCAGGUAGUUAUGGAGGAUGUGAAGCAACUUAAUUAUUCCAAUGAAAAAUUGAAACUGCAAGUGGAAAGCUUACAGUCUGAAGAAAAAAUUUUGCAGUCAAAGUUAUUCGAUGAAAAAGUGGCACUGGCAGAGGAAAAGAGAAAACUUACACAAAUGCAAGCUGCCUAUGAUACUUUGUUUAAAGACUAUGGCAAUUUGUUGAGGACUGAUGAAGAAAUGAAAAUUAGAGAGAGUAAACAGAAGGAAACACUAUCUGGACUUACUGCUGAGCUGACUGCUGCUAAAAGGACGAUGGAAGAGAACCAGAAAACAGUUAAUCAGCUGCAGCAAACUGUUGCCCAGCAAGCUGAGCAGUUAAGUGUGCAGAAGGCACAGAAUGCGACUUUGGUUGACAUCUCUGCUCAGUUAGAAAUGGCUGAGAAAGCCUUGGUGGAAAAGCAACAAAAGAUUGAUGUAAUGAAACAGACCAUCAUCAAACAGGAAGAAGAAAUGGAAACCGUGGCUGUAUUCAAAGCGCAGGCUGAAGUGUACAGCGCAGAUUUCCAUGCUGAGAGAGCAGCUCGAGAGACAAUUCAUGCAGAAAAGGAGGCCAUGGCUGAAAGGCUGGACCGGCUGAUGAAAGAAAACACACAACUGAAGGAAGAACUGGACACACUUGGCAGCAGGCAGUCUUUAGCAGAACUUCAGCGCCGGCAUGGAAGUUGUGGGCCAAUGACGGAGGGUGAUGAUGCAUUACAGCAGCAAGGAGUGCGAGAACCCAGAAGCCCCGGUUGGCAGCACCAAGGUAUUCUGCCAGAUCACGCUUGCCCAAAGUGUGGGAUUGUCCUCCCUGACAUCGAUACCUUACAGAUCCAUGUCAUGGACUGCAUCAUUUAAGCAUGUUCUCUUUUAAGAGACUGUUAUCACUAUGCAUACACAACUUUUCAUUAUUUGGCUGGUGGAGUGAGAAGAGGUGGUCAAGGAUUAAUUAAUAUUUUUAUUAAAUAUAUUUUCAGAUUAGUAAAUGUGAAAGUUCUUGAAUAAUGCUAUUUUAAUAUAUGCUGUACAUUUGUUUUGGGGUCUGUAAGGAAAUGUACCAGUGGAAUGGAGUAUUGUUUACAUCGGGAAAUUGCACAUUAACAAAUCUGCCAGAAAGUGCUUUUAUAAUAGGGGAAAUGAGGAUAAUGGGAAAAGGCAGGUAGGUGGAGAUGAGUCCAUGGCCAGAUCAGUCAUGAUCUUAUUGAAUGGCGGAGCAGGCUCGAUGAGCCAGAUGACCUACUCCUGCUAUAUUUCUUAUGUUUACUUAUAACAAUUGGGAAAAUGGAAAAUAUAUUUUCCUAAAUAUUUAGGGCUACAAGUAAAAUAAGUAGAUGACUUAAAGUGGAUUAGAGAUUGGCUUUGUGAGGCUGACUCUGAUUGGACAAUCUCACCACCAACGGUGCAAGUACAGAUGUAUGCUAUAAUCAGUGAAGGUUAAAGCUGAGUACAAAGAUGCAGUAGCAACAUUUGAGGCAUUUAGAUACGUGACCAGGCAGAAGGAUUUAUUUUAGAUUGGCAUCAUGCUCAGUACAGGCGUGGUAGACUAAAAGAACUGUUCCUCUUCUGUACUCUUUUGUGUUAAUUAAGUUAUUCCAUUUUGAUGGAGUAGCCUAGGACAGUGUGGGAACAGCCCUUCAGACCACAAUGUUGUGCCAAACUAAUUAAAAAAGUAGUUUAAAUGCCUAAUUAAUCUAAUCCCUUCUGCCAAGACAAUAUCCACAUUCCUUCUAAAGUCUCUUCAAUCUAUUUGUCCUUUCAAGUUGAUACCAGUAGUAUUUCUUUGCUCUUCUCCGAUAUGAAUGCUGUUUUUUCAACAAUCUAUCUGAUCUGCUUUAGAAAGCAUGGAUUACCGUCACCGUGCUUGCAGACAGAAUUCUCCAUGUCAUUGUUGCGCUGUAUAAAAUGAUUUUCUUCGAUCUUUGUCUCACCAUCACUUGAACCUCUUGUCUAAUUGAAUCAAUCACAAAAGAGAACAGCAGCCAUUUAGUCUGCCAUGAUUUUAUAUAGCUGUCGGAUCUCUUCUUGACUGGCUUUGCUUUACUGCGUGUUAUUGCUGCCACAUUUUUCCGGAUGUCAUUGCCAAGCCAUUGGCCACAUUGGGGUGUCCUUGCUGUGGUAAGCCUUGCAACUUGAAGACUAUGCAGAGCAGAGGAGCAUGCACUUAGAACAUGAUUAAACAAAAAUUGUGCACAAUUACAUGUUU